AUGCCAGGUUGGGUGAGGGCGUGGCUCAGCGACAAUGAGGACGUCAAGGAGAUGAAGAACAAGGUGACUGACUUGCGGAAGUUCGUGGCCAAAAUCAAGAAAGCCACGGACGCUGCCCAGAAGGAAGCCAAAAAGAAUGCCAAGAAGCUUGCUAAGGGCAAAGCGGCACCGAAGUUCCAGAGCAAGUCCUGUGCUCAAGCCAGCAGUGCAUCCGCGGCCCAAAGUAGUGCCCCUGACAGCAGCAAGGGUUGGAUUUCCCACACCAGCCUCAAGAUGGGAGAUGGCAUUGGUCAGGAGAUGACAGAGCUUUUUGUCGCGGAUAACAUGACUGACGAGAAUUGCUUGUGGAAUGUGAAGGAAGACAUUCUUUGCAAGAAGGAUCUGCCGAGCGCAGCGGUGGUGAUACCGGAGGCUCGAGGCACGGCAGCAAAAAACAGUAUCGUGGCGUUGGACUACUACGACAGUCAGAAGAAGUGGGUCCAGGCCCAGGCCUCCAAAAGCAAGGACGAUGAGAUCAUGAGUCACUAUAUGAUCACCAAGGGCAGCGUUGCUCAGAAGGUAAUGAGCAUCAUGGCAGGGCUGCUUCCAGAGAUAAAGAAUCUGGGCUUGCAGACGCCCGAAUCCCCGGCGCUUCGCGACCUCCUAGCCCCCAUGUUCCUGCAUGCCCCUCCGGCAAGCUGGAAGUUUUACUCCAACUCCGAGUAUGGGCUGCCUUGCUUGUACUUCGUCUUGGAAGGCACUCUGGCAAUCACAGGGGUCAAAGCACCCGAGGAGAUCAGCGACGAGGCAGACUCUAUCUACGCAGCCUUGGAGGAUAUGACCAACAAGGAAUGGAAGGCCAUGUACAACACAGAGUCAGGCUGGACCACAUUCCUGGUGCCUGGAAAGGCUUGCCUGAUUCCGUCGGGGCACCUGUUCCAACUCACGUCCAUGGAGGACAGAGCUAUCGCCGUCAAGUUGAUCCUGACCAGCGAGGAAGCUGCAAGAAAGGGAAUCGAAUUCCUGCGGCCCUGGACACGUGACAUGGGCAAGGACCAGAACUCCAGGAAGAUGUUGCAGUUUCUCGAGAAGAGCCUGGACAUCGUCCCUUUGCCCGGGCAAUGA